CACUUCUAGAGUCCACCAAAGUCCACUGCUGGCGUCUCCAUAUAUGCUCAUAACGCGCUGAUCGCUGCCCUCUCCUUCUCCCUCAUUCCCACCGGCCGUUCUGCCCAGAUGCCUACCGCACCGCUCGACCCAAAGACCGUGCUCGGCGUCGAUCCGUGGCUCGAGGCCAAUGUCGGUGCGAUCGUCCACAGACACGACCUGUACCGCAAGUGGAAGGACACCAUCGAGCAGAACGAGGGUGGAUAUGAUCCAUUCACGAAGGCCUACCUCAAGUAUGGCCUGAAAGUGAAUCCCGACGGGAGCGUCACGUACAGGGAGUGGGCACCGAAUGUGAAGGAGGCAGUCUUUAUCGGCGACUUCAAUGACUGGAACAGGAUGUCUCAUCCGAUGACUAGGGACCAGUAUGGCGUUUGGGAGAUCACCAUUCCUGCGAAGGAACCAGGUGUCUGUCCCAUUCCUCAUGAUUCGAAGGUCAAAAUCUCUAUGAUUGCAGCCUCAGGCGAGCGUAUCGAACGCCUUCCUGUGUGGAUCAAGCGUGUCACGCAGGACUUGUCUGUCUCACCUGUCUAUGAUGCACGAUUCUGGAAUCCACCUGAGGCUGAGCGUUACAAGUUCAAGAAUGCACGACCGCCGAAGCCUCGUAGCGUGCGGAUCUAUGAAGCGCAUGUCGGUAUCUCGACGACGGAGUACCGCGUCGGGACGUACAAGGAGUUCACCGCAAACAUGCUCCCCAGGAUCAGGGAUCUGGGCUACAAUACGAUCCAGCUUAUGGCCGUUAUGGAACACGCGUAUUAUGCUUCUUUCGGCUACCAGGUCACCAGCUUCUUUGCUGCAUCCUCGCGGUACGGCAACCCUGAAGAGCUGAAAGAGCUUAUUGACACCGCCCACGGCAUGGGUAUUACCGUCCUCCUUGACAUGGUGCACUCGCAUGCGUGCAAGAACGUCCUCGACGGCCUGAACCACUUCGACGGGAGCGACCAUCAGUACUUCCACGAGGGCAGCAAGGGCCGACACGAACUGUGGGACAGCAGGCUGUUUAACUAUGGCCACUACGAGGUGCUCAGGUUCCUGAUGAGCAACCUCCGCUUCUGGAUGGAUGAGUACCAGUUCGACGGCUUCAGGUUUGACGGGGUCACCAGUAUGAUGUACGUUCACCAUGGUAUUGGGACUGGUUUCAGCGGCGGAUACCAUGAGUACUUCGGUGAUUCUGCGGACUUGGAGGCGAUCGUGUAUUUGAUGCUGGCAAACGACGCGAUGCACACGCUCUACCCGAACAGCAUCACCAUCGCAGAGGACGUCUCGGGCAUGCCGCUUCUCUGUGUCUCCGUCCCGAAGGGCGGCAUCGGGUUCGACUACCGUCUCUCGAUGGCGAUCCCGGACAUGUGGAUCAAGCUCCUCAAGCACAAGCCCGACGACCAAUGGGACAUGGGCGAUAUCGUUCACACGCUCACGAACCGCCGCUACGGCGAGAGGAGUAUCGCGUACGCGGAGAGCCAUGACCAGGCGCUCGUGGGCGACAAGACGCUCGCGUUCUGGUUGAUGGACAAGGAGAUGUACACGAAUAUGAGCGACAUGACGGAAUACACGCCGGUCAUCGCGAGGGGGAUUGCGCUGCACAAGAUGAUACGGCUUUUCGUCCACUCGCUCGGCGGUGAGGGAUACCUCAACUUUGAGGGAAACGAGUUCGGUCACCCUGAGUGGCUCGACUUCCCGCGCGAGGGCAACGGCAACUCCUUCCACUAUGCCCGCCGCCAAUGGAACGUCGUCGAUGACCAACUGCUCCGGUACAAGUACCUCAACGAGUUCGAUAAGGCGAUGAAUCACACCGAGGAGCGGUACGGCUGGCUCGCCGCCGACCCUGCUUACGUUUCACUCAAGCACGAGGUCGACAAGGUGGUCGUGUACGAGCGUGCGGGGCUCCUCUUCAUCUUCAACUUCCACCCGACGAACAGCUUCACGGACUACCGCGUCGGCGUCGAGGAGCCAGGCAAGUACAGCGUUGUCCUGAGCAGCGAUGAGAAGCGGUUUGGCGGCUUUGACAAUGUGCUCCCCGGGGGUGAGUAUAUCACGACGCCCAUGGAGUGGAAUGGGCGGAAGAAUUGGCUGCAGCAGGUAUAUAUCCCGUCACGCACGUGCAUUGUGCUCGCGAAGUAG